AUAAUGUGUUACUCAAUGAGUGUACAUACACAAUGCAGAGGUCCUUCUCUGUCAGUGCUGUCUGUGGUCCGAACUGUAAUCGCUGAUAUUACACCGUUCUGAUUCCUCUUGAUCUAAAGCGUGUUUGAGCUCAAAACCGGAGCGUGGCGAUUUAUGAUUGACAGGGGCUUGAUCAUAGAACAUAUCAAGCGGAACCAGAACAGUGGCACACCGAGACGGCUGCUGGCUUCCGAAUGUGUAUGUAGGAGACCCGGAUUGACUUGCUGAAAAUUACAUCGCAUGUGAGAAUACUCAUCUGCUUCAAUUACUGUGCACUGGUAGUAGAGGAGAAAAUUACCUCCAAUGUCGAUAAUUGACUUAGAACAGUAUGCUACGAUGGUGGAAAAACGGGACUCAAAGAACUGAGAUAAAGAAUGUUAAAUUCCUUAGUGUUAGAAUUUGACGUUUUUAAUUUCUAAUAUCUAACCAUGAUGUUCAGGGUGAAACUGAUGACUUUCUGCUUUGUGAUUCUGUCUGUGGAUUAUUACGGGCAUGGCUACAGUACUUACCCCCGGCGCUAUAACAGGGACAGCGUGUGGGGUACCUGUCCCCAGCACUGCAGGUGUAUGACCCUCAAUAGCAGGGGAACCCGAGGACUUCUGGACACAUGGGGAGAGGAGCAAGUGUCCGAAAAGACUUUGAAAUAUUUUUCCGGAGGCAUCAACGAUGAAGCUGCGAGAAGCGGUCGAAGCAUGGUUUGCCAGGGUCUAAGAAAACUCCCAGACCCCAUUCCCUCAGAUAUUUCCAAAUUGACAAUAUUCGGAGACAGUAGCGGGAGUGGACCAGGCGGAAGGACGGAUAUUACAGUAGAUACCCGGAUCAAAACUUUAGAAAGACGUUCAUUUCGCGGCAACAUGCGUCUGAAGGAAAUCUCCAUGUCAGGCAAUAACUUGGGUAUUCUUUAUCCGUAUGUCUUCUACCACCUCCGAGAUCUAAAGAUCCUUAAUCUUCCAAACAACAAUAUACGCCAUAUGUCAGCGGCUGCGUUUCAUGGGCUAUUUAGCUUACAUGAGUUGAAUCUUUCUGACAACAUGAUACGAUUCUUCCCGACGCCCCUGUUUAAUUACCUCCGUGAAUUGCGAAGCGUUAAUUUGAAUGGCAAUAAAAUCAGAGCGAUACAGAGAAACAUGUUUCGAGCGCUUGGAAAGCUGGAGAAACUCGAUCUUUCACGAAAUAAUAUCACCGAUAUGUAUGACGACACGUUCUAUCACAACACGGAACUGACCGAGUUGUACCUCAGUGGAAACAGACUUUGGAAGCUACGACCGGAAUGGUUCCAAAAAUUAAACAAAUUGAAGAGUUUAUCCCUGAGGGGCAAUAUGAUUAAAACCGUAGAGCCAAACUCGUUUAGUAAUCUUUACAAUCUGAAAGACUUGCUGUUAUCUGCUAACAUGCUUCAGACUCUGCAGGAUGGAGCAUUUAAAAACCUUAAACAACUGGACAUUUUGGAUGUGUCCACUAACGAUCUGACAACCGUACCCACGUCCUGUUUUGAGGAUCUUCAAUCUUUGAAGGAGCUAUAUCUUGGAAAAAACAAGCUGUCAAUCAUUCAGAAUGGAACUUUUAACUUUGGCGGCAAUUUGAACUUGCUCGAUCUUUCAGGAAACUUGAUUGAAACAGUAGAGAGGGAAGCAUUGUACCCUAUCAACCAAGUCCACACCAUAGAUUUCUCAAGAAACAAGAUUCGAAUUAUCACCAAGGACUUCAUUAAGCGACUCAAUAACCUACAAGAUCUCAAUUUAGCCGAUAAUUUUAUUCAGGAUAUUGAGCAGGGUGCAUUCAGUGGUGCUGUGAAACUAACUCACUUAAACCUGAAGAACAACAAAAUGAAAAGAAUUGGUCAAAAAACAUUUGAGUCAUUGACCAUAUUAAAGUCUCUAGACUUAGGACAGAAUACCAUCAACAAUAUUCAUCCAAGUGGCUUAACAACGCUCAGAAACUUACGUUCGCUAAGUAUUAGGGAUAACAAAGUUUCGAAAUUAGAGGCAAACUUGUUUUUGUCCUUGUAUAAACUGCUAGAGUUGGACGUAUCAAACAACAGACUUAAGGCACUGUCCAAUCAGAGCUUUGUUGGUUUGCUGAACUUGGAGGAUCUUGAUUUGGAGGCCAACAAUAUCCACGACAUCGCCCCUGAAACCUUCAGAUCCUUGCCUAGGGUUGUAACUCUCGAUCUUAAGGGAAAUAAACUUAUCAAUUUCAAUUUCUCUGUUAUUUCCGAGUUACCCUACCUCUCGAUGUUGGACCUAAGUGAGAAUAACUUGUUUAAUGUAGAGAUCGGCGAAAAUGUCAAGUUAAGACUCAGUGAAUUAAGCCUUUCAAAAAAUAACAUAAAAGAACUUUCCGAGAAAGUGAAGAGAAUCAUGUCCUCCUCCUCUGUGCUUUUGCUGGAUGGCAACCCUUGGAAUUGUAAUUGUAAGGUUAAAUGGCUGAAAGACCCUAUGUUGUCACGGCAGAUCCGACUCCAAUCAACCAAUGAUGUAAUCUGCAAAGCACCGACAAAAUUACACGGUAAAAAGUUGUUUGACCUAUCGGACAAAGAAUUAGCCUGUCAAACUACGAAGGACAGAAAUUCAACAGCUAUCCAGAUGUGCGAAGGAUCCAACUUUGUGAAAAAGCGUUGGUAUUCUCCGAGAUCCGUUCGAAAGGCCCUGCUGUCACGACACGCAACCAUUGUGGAUGAAAACGAGGCUCUGGUGGUUAAUGGAAUUAUGGUUUCUGAGGAUUGGGUUCUUACAUUAGGAAGUAGUACUAAUGCAAUCUUGCAGUCAACGAAUCCGAAUAGUUUCCGAGUCAAAGUUGGGAGGACCAAAGGUUAUCGAUCUAUAGUUCGUGUAUUCAGACAUCCGCUUAUUCGGUAUGGAACACAAUAUAACGUGGCUCUCAUAAGACUAAAAUACAAGAAGAAGAACCCGGAUCAAUCAUGCAUCAUCACAGAAAAACAGUACAAAAUAUUGACAAGUAUAUUCAAACACAUUUCCAUAACUACAAGAGUUAAAGGGAAAACAAAGUUCACAAAAUUGAAGCCUCGACGAGGGCGCAUCUCCAAAUCUUGUUCUAAGAAGAAUUUAAUAUGUGCUACAAUCAAGAACCCAAAGAAAGGAAUGAUGUUGAUGGAUGGUUCCCCGAUGUACUUGGGACACAAUGGGGACUAUAGACUAGCAGGCAUUGGGAUGGACCUCCCUGCAAAGAAGGACCACAAGUACAAUUUUAUUCCUUUGUGGUCUGUCUCAGAGUGGAUGCAAACUGUAAUAGACGAAUACAAUACCAAGUGUCAUCUGAACACUAAAGGAGUAGACGUGUGCGCAGACCUUGCUCUGCCUACGUUCAAAGACAUGGCAGACAAACUUCGCAGGCCUGAGCACCACUAAUUGUGGAUUGUGAAUAUUCUUUCAGUGCUGGAAUAUAAUGCACUAUAAUGUGUGACAAUUUUGUAUAAUGAUGGGUAUAAUGACGUCCGAACAUCACCCCACAGAGAACGAUGUAAUGGAUGAAACACAAAAAUGUUUCAAAGUAAUAUGCAAUAUUACUCAUCUCAUUCCAUUACCAGAUUGAAAUCGCCGUCAAUUUUACAGACAGCCAUUGCGUAACUCAAUAUUUAAUGGAAUCCAAUGUAAUUAUUUGAACCAUUGGUGAGGAGAACAUGUAAUUUAUCAUUAUUAAUUGCAAUCAGUUUAUUUUUUUGCUCCAAUUGUUGUAAAUAUGAAUGCGUGCUGGAGUAGUUUGUCGGGAUCGUGCAGUUCGAUUUCCCGUCACAGGUCUCUGUAUAUACUUAUCUAUUGUUUGAUGUUUCACUUUAUAUACUUCAUACAACGGGGGAGUGCUAGUGUAAAGUUCUUAACAAUGCUUCCUCUGGUCGCCUCGCGCCAUCAAACCUUCUUCCACGGAGCGGAUGUAAUCACACACGACUUUAUGAAUAAUUAAUUAUUGCCAGCUUCUUUUAUGUGGUUGUACAACACACGACCUUGUGAAUAAUCAUUGCCUGCUUCUAUGUGUUUGUACAAAAUCUAAAGAGAACUGUAUAAACCAUAUUUUGUCGUUUUUGUUAGAGAGUUUUUGUUAUGUGACUAUUUUCGUUAUAUUUUGAUUUUUUAAUGGAUUAAAAGUUAGGAAAACAGC